AUGAUGGUAGGCGCGUCAGUGCCCGUGGACGGCGCGGUUUGCGCCGGAACGUGUGGAGCGGCAGGCGGGAGCGAGGAGGAUGGGGAACGAGGAGGAUGGGGAGCGAGGAGGAUGGGGACGAGGAGGAUGGGGAGCGAGGAGGAUGGGGAGCGAGGAGGAUGGGGACGAGGAGGAUGGGGAGUGAGGAGGAUGGGGAGCGAGGAGGAUGGGGACGAGGAGGAUGGGGAGCGAGGAGGAUGGGGAGCGAGGAGGAUGGGGAGCGAGGAGGAUGGGGAGCGAGGAGGAUGGGGAGCGAGAAUGAGGCUUAGCCGUCAGUGGUGUCGCGCGACGUGGUCCGCCAGGUCCUUCUGCAGCCCCUCCGCGCGCGCUCCCGCGCCCCCCCUGCUGAUGCGGGGGGAACUGCAGGCGGAAGCAGCCGCGGCGAGCACGCAGGGGGGGGGCGCGCGGCCAGAUGCGCUGGGGGGCGUGGGGAGGAACGGGGGAGCGGGGGAGGUGAUGGAGGGGGGGGCGGGGGGAGGGUGUGGAGGGGUGGAUGCGCGAGUGGCGCGCGCUGGUGGUGAUCGACGCCUUCACCAUGCCACGCACCGGGGCGCGCUGUCCCUGGCAGGGGCGCCGAGCAGCAAGGCGGACGUGCUGCGGCGCCGCCUGCACCUGCUGCUGGCGCGCACUGCCCGCCACCGCCGCUUCGCCGUGCCGCUGCUGCCUCUGGGCUCCGCGCAGCAGCAGCAGGAGCAGUACACCGAGUCAGCACCCACACGUUUCUCCCUCCCUUUCUCCCACACCUCUCCUUUUACCUUUCUAGCCCUCUUGCUCCCUUGCAAAUCCCCUGCUUUUCUCGCCCCCCCUCACUGUCCACUGUUCCUCGCCCCUGGUGCAGCUGACGCCAGUGCAGGCGCUGGUGGGCGGCACAGCGGCGUCGCAGCAGAGGCGGCAUCACGUGGUGGCCUCGCUGGAGUUCCCCCCGGUGGAGCCACGGGAGGAGGCGCUGUCCCUGGCGGAGGGGCUGGACCUGUUCGGCGCCGGGCCCAUCGACGCCCACCGCUACGCGUGGGUCACUCCUCCCUCCCCACUCCUCACUCCAUCGCCAUGGCACACAUCGCCAUGGCACACAUCGCCAUGGCACACAUCGCCAUGGCACACAUCGCCAUGGCACACAUCGCCAUGGCACACAUCGCCAUGGCACACAUCGGCAUGGCACACAUCGGCAUGGCACACAUCGGCAUGGCACACAUCGCCAUGGCACACAUCGCCAUGGCACACAUCGCCAUGGCACACAUCGCCAUGGCACACAUCGCCAUGGCACACAUCGGCAUGGCACACAUCGGCAUGGCACACAUCGCCAUGGCACACAUCGCCAUGGCACACAUCGCCAUGGCACACAUCGCCAUGGCACACAUCGCCAUGGCACACAUCGCCAUGGCACACAUCGCCAUGGCACACAUCGCCAUGGCACACAUCGCCAUGGCACACAUCGCCAUGGCACACAUCGCCAUGGCACACAUCGCCCUUCACCACCCCAAGACCCUGCAGCGCCUGGCCACGGUGCUGGGGGCGUACGACGCCCUGGACGAGCCACCGCGACUCUUUCUGCUCAUUGGGGACUUCUGCUCCCCGCCCUCCGCCCUCGCUUCCCCGCACCUGCACGCUCACAGGGAGGCCUUCUCACAGCUGGCGAGGGUGAUAGGCGCGCACCGCCGCCUCAAGGACAAGUCGCUCUUCGUCUUUGUGCCCGGCCAGGCCGACCCAGGUGGUUACCUUCUUCCCCUCCUGCCUCCCUUGCCAUCUCCUGCCCUCGCUCUCUUCUUCUGCCCAAGGGGCCUGUCAAGCCCAUGCGCAGUGUUGCCACGCCCAUCGCUGCCGCGCUUCUUCACAGACCCCAUCACUGACGCCCUCCCCUCUGCUGUCUUCUCCUCCAACCCUUCCCGCCUCAAGUUCUAUUCGCAGGAGCUGGUGGUGCUCAGGGCGGACCUGCAGCGCCGCAUGCAGCGCUGCGCCGUGCUGCCGCCACUCAAGGACACCGACCCCUUCACCCAUGUGGCGACCACGGUGGUGCACCAGGCGCAUCUGAGCCCGCUGCCCCUGGCCGCCCAGCCCGUGUUCUGGGACUAUGACUUCACUCUGCACCUCUUCCCCGCUCCCCAUGUGCUGAUUCUGGCAGACUCAUCAGGGCAGAGCAGCGCUGUGGUGAAUGGCAUCACGUGCAUCAACCCCGGCUCCUUCUCCCUCGAUGGCACCUUCACUGCCUACUACCCAGCCUCACGCUCAGUGGAGCACUGCAAUGUGUGA